AGAGAGCGACUUGGCGUAUUCCGCCAUUUUGUGGGGGUAUAAGAAAAGUCAGCCAAGCUGUUGUCCCGUUGCUCUGACCUGUAGUUCUGUAUUGUGCAAUGGACGGCCGUUUAGAGACUGAUUUGUAUCCUCUGGGAUCCAGCUACACCACUGAACUUGACAGUGUCCACGAUAUUACAGUUGGUACAAAGAGAGGAUCUGACGAACUCUUUUCCUCUUGCGUCUCUAACGGACCCUAUAUCAUGAGCAAUUCGUCUGGAGCAGCUAAUGGCAAUGACAGCAAAAAAUUCAAAGGUGACAUCCGGAGCCCCGGCAUUCCGUCACGCGUCAUACAUGUGCGGAAGCUGCCUAAUGACAUCAACGAAGCUGAAGUGAUAUCCCUGGGGCUGCCCUUUGGCAAAGUGACCAACCUGCUCAUGCUCAAAGGAAAGAACCAGGCCUUCAUUGAAAUGAACACAGAAGAAGCUGCACAGACAAUGGUCACCUACUACUCCUCUGUCACACCAGUCAUCAGGAACCACCCCAUAUUCAUGCAGUACUCAAACCACAAGGAGCUCAAGACAGACAAUUCACCCAAUCAAGUGAGGGCACAGGCCGCGCUGCAGGCGGUUAAUGCCGUCCAGACGGGGAACAUGACCAUGGCCAGUGUGGACCCCUCUGCCUUGGGGAGCCCCAGCCCUGUCCUGCGCAUCAUCGUGGAGAAUCUCUUCUACCCGGUCACACUGGAUGUGUUGCAUCAGAUUUUUUCCAAAUUUGGGACCGUGUUGAAGAUAAUCACAUUUACCAAAAACAACCAGUUCCAAGCCCUGCUCCAAUAUUCAGAUGGCCUGCUUGCUCAACAUGCUAAAAUGUCUCUCGAUGGGCAAAACAUAUACAACGCCUGCUGCACCCUGCGCAUCAAUUUCUCAAAACUGACCAGCCUUAACGUGAAAUACAACAACGACAAGAGCCGGGAUUACACACGGCCCGACCUGCCCUCCGGAGACAGCCAGCCCUCCAUCGAGCACCAGGCCAUGGCCGCUGCCGCCUUCGGUGCUCCAGGCAUUAUCUCUGCAAACCCCUACACAGGAGCUCAUGGCUUUCCUCCUGCCUUUGCCAUUCAGCAGGCGACAGGUCUCUCAGUGCCCGGCGUUCCCAGUGCCCUGGCCUCACUGGCCAUCCCCGGGGCCGCGGCGGCAGCAGCUGCAGCUGCUGGUCGCCUCGGCUUCUCUGGUCUCACUGCUGGCCACUGUGUCCUGCUUGUCAGCAACCUCAACCCCGAGAGAGUUACGCCCCAAUGCCUCUUUAUUCUUUUCGGUGUGUAUGGUGAUGUCAUGAGAGUGAAGAUUCUGUUCAACAAGAAGGAGAAUGCCCUUGUACAGAUGGCAGAUGGAACCCAGGCACAACUUGCUAUGAGCCACCUGAAUGGACAGAAGCUUCACGGGAAGGCAAUCCGUGUCACGCUAUCCAAGCACACAAAUGUGCAGCUUCCACGUGAAGGUCAGGAGGACCAAGGGCUCACAAAGGACUUCAGUAACUCGCCACUUCACCGCUUCAAGAAGCCAGGCUCCAAAAACUAUCAGAAUAUCUUCCCACCUUCUGCAACCCUGCACCUCUCCAACAUCCCACCUUCAGUGACUGAAGAUGACCUCAAGAUACUCUUCUCAAGUUCUGGUGCCUUGGUCAAAGCCUUCAAGUUCUUCCAGAAAGAUCGCAAAAUGGCCUUGAUCCAGAUGGGAUCUGUAGAGGAGGCCAUUCAGUCUCUUAUUGAGUUCCACAACCAUGACCUUGGUGAGAAUCACCACCUGAGGGUGUCCUUCUCAAAGUCCACCAUCUGAAAGCGUGGAAACAGGAGGAAUAAUCAAGAGGAGCUCACAUGCUGAUGGAUGAACUGUCACUUUUUAGGGUUCACAUGUAUGACCUUGUGGGAUUAAGUCUCUAGAGCCCAGGGGCUCCUCACAAGACCCACUUCCAUCAUUCCUUUAAGAUAUUUAUAUGGAUCUGUAUCAAUACAAUGCCAAUUUGAAUCAUGGAGCAUGGAAGAAAAUACAUACCAGAUUUUAUUUGAGCUUUUAAGCAUGUUUUAGUUUCCCUUUUAUAUUGAAAAAGCUCAUUUGGUCCCAUGUUUGUGCAUAUUGGUCUGAUCAAAGUAUAGAUCAGUAGGUUGUUUACACCAGCCAUCUCCUAGAAUCUCCACACUCAACUCAGGUUGCACGUGAUGACAAGCUUUUUUCUUUUUUUGGCUGUAGGGGAAUUGUACCACUACUUUCAGCAUCCUGCCCCCUCCUGAUUCUGUGCCUUCAUAGGGACUAUCUCACGGCAUCUUCCCGUAGCUAAACACGCAGGCAUUGUAAAAUGUGCCCUUUCCCUGCUUGUUUCUGAUCUACACCCAUUUUUUUUUUGGUGUAGGUCACAUUUGACAAUUUGACACAUGGCUGCCCCUUAAAUCAAUACUGCUUAAUUAGAAUUGAGAGAGAAUUUCAUGUCAUGCUGUGUGACUACACUUUUGAAGAGAAUGGCAGCCAUUUUGAGGUAAUGAAAUGUAACUUUCUUCCCC